AUGUAUUACGUAGUAUAAAUAUAGUAAGUUCUGAUUUUGUGAACUUAUAUUAUACACAUUUGUUUGCUAUAUAUAGCUUGUUCUUGUUACGAUUUUUGUAUAACUUGAGCUUGUUUCUUACCACACUCGUAUUAUAAAGCAUAAAAUCGAGCGAAAAUGGAAGGAAAAUGCAUUGGAGUUUGUGUAAUUGCUGGUGUUCUUGGUCUAUCAGCAGCUGUCAUGGCCUUUGUUGCCGAGGCUACCAAGAUUAAGGCUGAUCAAGUACUAUAUACCGAGGAAGGGACUUGUAUAUAUCCAAUUAGUCCAUCAAUGGCAUUGGGCAUAGUUGCUUCAAUCAUUCUUUUGAUUCAGCAAAUACUCAUUAGUGGUGCAACUGGAUGUUUUUGUUGCAGAAGCAACCCUUGUCCUUCAACUUGUUGUGGCAUAGUUGCUCUUAUUAGCUUUAUCUUCUCUUGGUUGGUAUUCAUUGGAGCAUUUGUAAUGCUGGUUUUUGGGGCCAUUCUCAACAAUGCUAGCACCCUCGCAAAGAGUGACACUCUCGACGACGAGACUAUCGGCUGCAGCAUUGCGAAGUCCGGCCUUUUCAUUGCGGCGGGUGUGUUGUGCGUCAUCAGUGUCGCCCUCGGCCUCGUAGCUUACAUAGCCUUGAUUUCUAACGAGAAGAAGACUAUUCCCAGGAGUGGUGUUCCAAAUGUUGCUAACGAGGAUGGUGUUGCUACUGCACAGCCACAAAUGCCAACAAAGGUGGUGUAAAAUGAAAAUAUUUCAAGCUUGUAGUAAUUUUGACAUUCCUCUGUCGUUCACGGCAAAGAAUUGGUGUAUCCGUGUACAACGAAUGUAGUCGAAGAAUUACUCUAAUUA